AUGGUCCUACAUUACAGUGUCACAACAUGGUCCUACAUUACAGUGUCACAACACGGUCCUACAUUACAGUGUCACAACACGGUCCUACAUUACAGUGUCCCAACACGGUCCUACAUUACAGUGUCACAACAUGGUCCUACAUUACAGUGUCACAACAUGGUCCUACAUUACAGUGUCACAACAUGGUCCUACAUUACAGUGUCACAACAUGGUCCACGGUCCUACAUUACAGUGUCACAACAUGGUCCUACAUUACAGUGUCACAACAUGGUCCUACAUUACAGUGUCACAACAUGGUCCUACAUUACAGUGUCACAACAUGGUCCUACAUUACAGUGUCACAACAUGGUCCUACAUUACAGUGUCCAACAUUACAUUACAGUGUCACAACAUGGUCCUACAUUACAGUGUCACAACAUGGUCCUACAUUACAGUGUCACAACAUGGUCCUACAUUACAGUGUCACAACACGGUCCUACAUUACAGUGUCACAACAUGGUCCUACAUUACAGUGUCACAACAUGGUCCUACAUUACAGUGUCACAACACGGUCCUACAUUAGAGUGUCACAACAUGGUCCUACAUUACAGUGUCACAACAUGGUCCUACAUUACAGUGUCACAACAUGGUCCUACAUUACAGUGUCACAACAUGGUCCUACAUUACAGUGUCACAACAUGGUCCUACAUUAGAGUGUCACAACACAGUUAUACACUAUAG